CGGGGCGCGGGGGCUCCGCCCAGCGAGGCGGGGCCGGCGCCGCCAUGGCGGAGUGGGGCCGAGGGCAGGGUCCAGGUGCCGUGGAGGAUGUGCUGGAUGCAGAGAACAAGCGUAUGGCAGACAGCCUGGCCAGCAAGGUCACCAGGCUGAAGUCGCUGGCUCUGGACAUUGACAAAGAUGCUGAGGAGCAGAACCGGUACCUGGAUGGCAUGGACUCGGACUUGCUGAGCGUGACCGGGCUGCUCAGCGGCAGCCUGAAGCGCUUCUCCGGCAUGGCUCGCUCCGGGAGGGACAACCGCAGGCUGCUCUGCUCCGUCUCGGCAGGACUGGUCCUUGUCUUCUUCAUCCUCUACUAUCUCGUGUCCAGAGCAGGCUCCUGAGCUCUGCUGCUGCAGGCUUUGCAGAACAGAACCACAGCCUGGAGGGACUUGUUCAGCUCCUUCCUCAGUCACCCUGCGGUGGAGUCUUGGGUCUGUUCCAGACCUUCCGAGUAACUUUUCCUUCCA